GUUUAUUAGCAAGCUGGACAGUAAAUGUUCUUUACGUGUGUAGGCAAUUCGAAUAAAACGUAUAUGUACGCGCAUCUCAAUGAAUGUUCGUGUGUCUGUAGGCGCCUUAAGAUGAAAGUAUCUCAUAAUUUUUUAGUAAUAUCUAGUAAUUUUUAAUUUGUUAUGUUUAUGUUUAAUUAACCUAUCACCUGUGGGAGUGUUUUAUAUAAUGUUUGAAACCUUGGUCUAGUUUUUGAUUGCAUAUUUCACUGUUGAAAGAUAAUGGCUCUAGUACCUAUAAACAUAGCUGCGAUAUUGGCAGUUCAAGAAGAGGAAAGGCUAGAUGAUAUCUGCAUCGAAAAUAUGGAGAGGAGAUUGAUGAGAAAUCAAAGUGAUCCCUUUUCACUUGAGGAUGUGAGAUUCAAAGAAUUGUUCAGGCUGAAUAAAGACAUGGCCCAAUAUGUUUUAAAUGGCAUCAUACCUCAUUUGAACCAGGUGCCGAAUCCUGUAGCAGUACCUGUUAUCCUGAAGUUUUUUGCUGCGCUUCAUUUUUAUGCUACUGGCACUUACCAAAGAGUGAUAGGCAGGAGCUAUGACAUUUCAAUGUCUCGGCAGAGUAUUUCAAGGGCUAUUCAUGAAAUUACUAAUGCUAUUAUCAGUACAUUUUCUGAACAACUGGUACACUUGCCAAGAACAGCAUUAGAAAACAUGUAAUUAAGCAAAGGUUCAUGGAAGCAAGAGGUUUCCCUGGGGUAAUCUGAGCAAUUGAUUGCACACAUGUGGAAAUACUAAGGCCAACUUUGGAAGAGCAUAACUAUUUGAACAGAAAGGGUUACCGUUACAAAAAUAUACAAAUUGUUUGCAGGUGCAUCUCAUGAUUCAU